CAGGGCUCCUGCAGCCCCUUCUCCAGAGCGGGGCCUGCGCUGGAAGGUGAGAGGAGAGCUGCCCUCACGGAGGGGAAGGGACAAAUCUGGAGCUCAGGAUAACCCUUCCCUCAGAGGCCCCUUCCUGGUGUGCCACGCCCUGGCCACCCCCUCGUGCUCCCCCUCCCACUGGAGGGGACCCCCCAUGCAAUGGCCCCUCGGGGCCGGCCGGGGAGGGGCUGCGGGCAGGGAUAAAAGGCCCGGCGGGGUCUGGGCUCAGCUCCAGGCUCUGUGCCCUCCUGCAGCCCAGCAAAGCCGCCACCAUGGUGCACUGGUCAGCCGAGGAGAAGCAGCUCAUCAGCAGCGUCUGGGGCAAGGUCAACGUGGAGGAAUGUGGGGCCGAGGCCCUGGCCAGGCUGCUGAUCGUCUACCCCUGGACCCAGAGGUUCUUCUCUAACUUCGGGAACCUGUCCAGCCCCACGGCCAUCGCUGGCAACCCCAGGGUCCGUGCCCACGGCAAGAAGGUGCUCACCUCCUUCGGGGAGGCUGUGAAGAACCUCGACAACAUCAAGGGCACCUACUCCAAGCUGUCAGAGCUGCACUGUGAGAAACUGCACGUGGACCCCGAGAACUUCAGGCUCCUCGGAGACAUCCUCGUCAUCGUCCUGGCCUCCCACUUCGGCAGGGACUUCACCCCUGCGUGCCAGUCCGCCUGGCAGAAGCUGGUGGGUGUCGUGGCUCACGCUCUGGCCCGCAGGUACCACUGAGCCCCCGGGCA